AGUGUCUGGCUGGCUCUGUCUCAGUGACAGCCCAUGAUGCUCUUUCCGGUCUCAGUGAUAUUCUGAAUUUCCACCUGCCCGCCUCCUCCUGCUUAUAAUGCAGAACAUGUGAAGUUAGAGCAGUUCAGUCUCUCUCUGCCGGUGGACUGUCAGGAGCAGAGUGUCAUGCUGUUUUUCCCAUUUUCCACAGUUCACUGGAGGUAAAAGAACCCUGGCUGGAGACCCUCCGAGGGCAGAGCCGAAGCCACCCAGGAGUGGAAUUCGUCCCUGGACAGUCAGCCCGAGUGCUAAUGAAGUUGAGAAGCAGUCACAAUGCUUCAAAAACACUAAGUGCUGAUAAUAUGGAGACGCUAAUCGAAUGCCAAUCAGAGGGUGAUAUCAAGGAACAUCCCCUGUUGGCAUCAUGUGAGAGUGAAGAUAGCAUUUGCCAGCUAAUUGAGGUUAAGAAGAGGAAGAAGGUUCUGUCCUGGCCCUCUCUCCUGAGAAGGCUUUCCCCUUCAUCAGAUUUUCCCGGGGCUUUGGAGCCAGAAUUGAAAGCAUCACUCUUUGAUCAGCCCUUGUCAAUCAUCUGUGGUGAGAGCGGCACACUUCCCAGACCCAUUCAGGACAUUCUCACUAUCCUGUGCCUGAAAGGCCCUUCCACCGAAGGGAUCUUCCGGAAAGCAGCCAAUGAGAAAGCCCGCAAAGAGCUGAAGGAGGAGCUCAACUCUGGGGGCGCUGUGGACCUGGACAGUCUCCCCGUGCACCUCCUUGCUGCGGUCUUCAAGGACUUCCUCAGAAGCAUCCCCCUGAAGCUACUUUCCAGUGACCUCUUUGAGGAGUGGAUGGGCGCUCUGGGGACACAGGACGAGGAGGACAGAAUCGAAGCCCUGAAACAGGUUGCAGAUCAGCUGCCCCAGCCCAAUCUCCGGCUGCUCCAGCCCUUGCUCUACGUGCUGCACCUGGUCAGCAAGAACGCCGAGGUCAGCAAGAUGGACUCCAGCAAUCUGGCCAUCUGCGUUGGACCCAACAUGCUCACCCGGGAGGGCAGCCAAGACUUGUCACUCGAAGUGCAGAAAGACCUGAACAAUAAGGUUAAGAUGCUGGUGGAAUUCCUCAUUGAUAACUGCUUUGAAAUAUUCGGAGAGAACAUUCCAGUGCAUUCCAGUAGCACUUCGGAUGACUCCCUGGAACACACAGACAGUUCAGACAUAUCGACCCUGCAGAAUGACUCAGCCUACGACAGCAACGAUCCUGAUGUUGAUUCCAGCAGCGGCAGCGGCGUCACCUCUUCCAGCGGGCAGUCCCGGUUGCCCACAGCCAUAGUCACUGGUUUGGACAACAGGGGGUCACGGGACGCCUGUGCCUGUGAGUUCAGCCCGGAACCCAUUGUGAGCACCGUUGCCAGGCUGAAAAGCUCCCUCCAUCAGUCAGACAGGAGGUACUCAGAGCCUGGCCUGUCAUCCUCACAGGAGUACCUGGUGAACCGAGUAAACCGUCAGUCACUAACAAAAAGUGAGGGUGGCUUCACCAUGUCCUGCGCAGGCUCUCAUUUAGAAAGUGAGGAAGCCGAAGACCCAUUUUUAGAGGAGGCCUUCCCUGCAGUGCAAGGCAAAACCAAGAGACCGGUGGACCUGAAGAUCAAGAGCUUGGGCCAGGCUUCGGGGCUCCCACGGGGACUGGUUCCCAAAGCCUUCUCCAGUGGUUCCCUGGAUGGGUCCUCGGACAGCUCACCUGUGGCUUCUCCUUCCAGCCCCAAAAGAAAUGUCUUCACCAGACAUCAGUCUUUCACCACAAAAAUGGAAAAAAGCAAGCCCAACAGAGAAAUUAAAAAACACUCCAUGUCCUUCUCUUUCACCUCUCACAAGAGAUUGCUGAGCAAAACCCCCAGUGUGGGGUCCAGGAAACCCCAAGGUUUUAUAAGAGACCAAGUCACAAAGGGUUUCAAGAAGGAAAGCCAGCUGGCUGGCCGAAUCAUCCAGGAAAACAGGCCUGAACCCCACAGCCAAACAGCUCUGGGCUGCAGCUUGCGAUCCCACACCCUCUCGGUUGAUGAUGUGUUCCAAAUAGUUGAUCAGGAAAGUUCUGGUAGCCCACCCUCCUAUGAAGAGGCCAUGCAGGCAUCUCCACUCGUGGCCUAUGGGGGCCAGACUGUGGCGAGCAUGAGGGCGAGAAUGCUCUCCCAGGACUCCAUUCUGCCCCCUCUUCUACCUGUUCCCCACACAGGGGACUCAAGACACAGGGGCAGAGAAGGACUGCUUCAUGAGCAUAGACUCUCUCCCCUGACGGAGCGAUGGAAACAGAGCAGGACUGUCAGUGCUUCCAUGGAAACCCUAAGGCAUGUGACUGUUCCGGGGAGGUCUGAGCUGCACGGACUGAGGACCACGUCUGAGUCUCUGCAAAAGAACAAGCAGGACUGUCUGAUGCGCCGAUGCAGCCAGCCAGUCUUUGAGUUGGACCAACUCCUAUAUGCUAAAGAAUCCUACAUCUAG